AUGCUGCUCAGAGACACCUUCACCACAGCGUUUGUGAAGAACCUGAUUAUGGUUCUGGUCUGGCUCAUCCUCAGCUACAUCAACGGCACUGUGGUGGCCACCUUCUUUAGAUACCAGGCCUUUUAUGAAGACCCUCGCUACAUCCUCUUCAUCCACAUGGUGAUCAACGAUGCCAUCCAGCUGACUGUCACCAUCAUGCUCUUUGUCCUCAGCUAUAUCUUCUACAAGAUCAACGUCUCCCUCUGCUGCUUUUUCAUCCUGGUAGCAGUGUUUACUACCAGAAACACCCCCGUUAAUUUGGCCGGCAUGGCCAUAGAGCGCUACAUUGCCAUCUGUAUCCCCUUACGCCAUGCUCAGAUCUGCACAGUGAGGAGGACGUACAUUUUCAUUGGGUUGAUUUGGUUUGUAUGUGUGGCACCGGAUAUUACGGAUCUAUUUGUGACGCUGGCGACGCAGUCCCUGAGCUUCUUCCAAGAGUCAGUAUUCUGCUUGCGCCAGAAUGUGUUCAAAGACCCAGUCCUGGCAUACAAAAGAGUAGUCUUCGAUGCAAUCUAUUUCUCCUGCGUGUUUCUGACUCUGGUCUUUACCUACCUGAGGAUUUUGUUUGCGGCCAGGGCCCUCUCAACAGAAAAGGCGUCAGCCCAGAAAGCCAGGAACACCAUCCUGCUGCACGGGGGCCAGCUCGCCAUGUGCAUGCUCUCCUACAUCUCACCGAGCGUAGAGGUUGCCCUCCGUCUCAUCUUCCCAGGCCGAAUCCUUGAAAUACGAUUCGCUAACUACCUGAUCGUCUACAUUGUUCCCCGAUUCCUCAGCCCAAUCAUCUACGGUGUCCGGGACAAAAAGUUCAGGACGUACCUCAGGAGGUACUUUGUGAUCAGCAGGUGCAAGGUCAAGUCAAGGAAAGUGGGUGAACAAGACAACGACAACAUGUGA